AGCAUUUGCAUGCCGUUUGCAGGGCAUCCAUGACUUGCUUCUGAUCACCUCAACAUGUAACAGCUGACAGCAGCUGACAACAGCUGGCAACAGCUGUGACCCUCCCCGCGAAUUCUGCCAGAUCGAGACAGACAGUGAGGAGUCAGAGCCCGACCUAGGCCCUCUUCGGUCUUUGGGUCAGAUCCGGCAGAAGAGUGGAAUGGAAGAUGCUUUCGGAGAUUCAGCGAUGGGAGCAACUUUCGAGAGUUUUGCCACGCCGUUGGACGGCGAUGGGACGACGGCAGAUGCGGACAUCACAGAUGAAGGAGUUGAGCUCGUCCUGGACGCCUCGCAGCACAUUGCCCGGGGCAUCGUGGAUCGAACUCGUGGCGCACGGGUGGUUCUUUUGGACGAAAUGAUGGAGUCUAUGGAAGUGCUGAACAAUGUAUCGACGGUGUUGGAAGUCUUGGGUAAGAGGACCCGGGACUUAGAAGCGCAGCAGAGGCAGAUUUUGAAGCAUCACUGAGCCGAGCCCCAGAAGAUUCCAGAAGCACAAGCCACUGGAAACCAGGCAAAGACCAGGAUAGAACUUCAAAGCGCCCGGC